AUGGAAUCUACACCGUACACACUGAUUGGCACCCCAUUCUCCACCUUCACCCGUACAGUAGCGAUGGGGUUGAGGUACAAGGGUUUGAAAUACAACCAGGUAUCUACACCACCAUCGAGUCCGGUAGCCUUUGAACAUCAUCCCUUUGGUUUCCUACCUACCCUUAUCAUUCAUGAGGACCAGGGCAAGCGCGUCGAUGUCAAGCUGCGUGAAAGCCAGGCUAUCGUCAGAUUCAUCGACAGGAUCGCACCGAGUCCAAGCUUACACAUUGCCCCUGGAGAGGGUGGGGCAGUUAUCGAGGAGAAGAUGUGGGAGUUGGUUAGUUUAGCAGCAUGUUUCGGAUAUCCUAUCGUCGAAGUCGGAGUGGUGAAGCCGCGCGUCAAAGCCAUGGAUGAAGGAAAGUUAUCUGAAGAAAAAAUCAGGCAGCAGCUUGAAAGCGGCGUCGUCAAGUUAAAGGAAUUCCUUACACUUGUUGAAUCUCUCAUGGCCCCAGACGGCUUUGCCUUUGGGGAACACCCAAGCUGGGCAGAUUUUUUUCUUUUCCCACUUAUUGCCGAUCUUCGGGCCCUUCACGAAUGGAACGUUGUCGGGAGACGGUUGAACGAGUGGAUGGGGAAGAUGGAUGAGCUUCCGGCCGUAAAAGAAACGACCCCCGGAACUUUGGCUGUCGGGGCAAGACCAUGA